GCGGGCACCGAGCUCACGUUUGCCGUGUCCCCAGUUCCAUGUUGUCUCUGAAUCGUCAUCACAGCUGCCUUCAAUGAGCUCUUACUAUGCGCAUGCUUCUUCGUCCUCUGGACAAAAUGGCGUUCUCCCUAAUCUCUACACAGAUUAUGUCGAUGAAGUGCAUAUGCGAGCCUUCGAACAGGCCCUGAACACGGAUGAAAAUGCCGGGCUGCCAGACGAAAUACCUAGCCCUCAGAUUGUUGCCUCUCCCCAGAUUGGAGUCUAUGGCGCGCCCGGUCAACGCGUGCGGAAGGUCUCCGCGCUUUCGGACUUCGCCCCCGUGAAUCAAAGAGUGAGAAGGCAGCGCAAAAAGACAGCCAACGGGAAGUUAAACACCAAGGGGCAAGAGUGGAUGUUUCUCAUCUUGCGGUGGCCACUGCUCACCAUAAUCUUCUUGCUCAUAACCUUCGAGUUCGGCAUGUAUGUGCUGAUUCGCCAGCUUGUCAACACGAAAGAGUGGCUGAUAGCAUGGCGCGGUCGUAAAGGAGUGCUGAGGAAGCGAUUGCGCAAUGCUCAUACUUACCAGGAAUGGAAAGACGCAGCGCUGGCUCUGGACGAAUAUUUGCGUUUCGACGAGUGGAAGACAAUAGACGAUGAUCCUUACUAUGACUGGAAGCUUGUACGGAAGGUUCUCCGCACUCUCAAGAAUCUCAGGACGAAGAAAGAUGCACGCGGCGUUCUGGGAGUCCUGGAGACAUCUGUACGAACCAACUUUGCUGGAGUGGAGUCACCCAGGUUGUAUAGCGAGACUUUUUAUGGUACGAAGGAUUUAAUUGAAGCCUACGUGACCGAGCAGGAACAAGCUUUGCAGUUUAUCUGCGAAACCCCGGACCUUACGAACGAAGAGAAGAAGCGUUUCUUUAAGAAUGCGAACACCAACCUCGGGAUAACCGCACUGUGUCUGUCCGGUGGAGCAACCUUUGGCUACUGGGAGUAUAUGUCAAUUUUGCAUUACCACUUCGGCGUUGUCAAGGCGUUUUUAGAUGCAAAUCUCCUCCCUCGUGUCAUCUCUGGGACGUCUGCCGGAGGCCUUGUGGCUGCACUUGCCUGCACCCGAACAGACGACGAGCUGCGUGAGCUGCUUGUGCCAGAACUGGCAGACCGUAUUACAGCGUGCGAGGAGCCUUUCAAAGUAUGGUUCAAGCGGUUCUGGGCGACCGGAGCGCGAUUUGAUAGCGUCGCAUGGGCGCGGAAGGCGACCUUCUUCACGAGAGGCUCUAUGACAUUCCGUGAAGCUUAUAUGCGCACCGGAAGAAUAUUGAACGUCUCAGUCAUUCCAGCAGACCGUCACUCACCUACGAAGUUGCUCAAUUAUUUAACGGCUCCAGACACAGUCAUCUGGAGUGCUUUAUUAGCCUCAGCUGCCGUUCCUGGGAUUCUGAACCCUGUGGUGCUUAUGCAAAAAUUGAAGGACGGGUCCCUAGUGCCAUGGAACUGGGGUAGCAAAUUCAAAGAUGGUUCACUGAGAGUUGAUAUUCCUGUGCAAUCUCUCAAUCUGUACUUCAAUGCCACGCAUCCUGUUGUUUCACAAGCGAACCCACAUGUGCAUCUCUUCUUCUUCGCCCCUCGAGGUUCCGCGGGUAAACCUGUGGCAACACGCAAGGGCAAAGGCUGGCGGGGCAACUUUUUACUAGCUGCAGCAGAACAGUGGCUUAAGCUUGAAUUGACCAAGAAUUUCAAGGUGAUACGGGACCUAGACCUGCUACCGCCGAUAUUGGGCCAGGACUGGUCGAGUGUGUUUCUCCAACGUUUCGACGGGGCCGUCACUAUCUGGCCGAGGACUCGUUUCAGGGACUGGGUCAAUAUUUUAAGCGACCCUGGUCCUUCAGAACUUGAGCGUAUGAUGCGCGUUGGUCAACUUGUGACAUGGCCAAAGUUACAUAUUAUCGAGAACAGAUAUCGUCUAGAGAAGCAGAUCUUCCUCAGUCGUCAAGCGGUUCGGAGAGCAAUGCGCACUCGGGCACAGGAGCGGGCGGAGCAGAAACUCGAGUCGCAGCCUCAAGAACAGCUUCCCCCGCCUAUUAUACCAGGCUUGUCUCAGAGCCAGAGCCAGGAUUCACCCAUGGCUAUCGACUCUGAUACUGAAGCGGACUUCCGGAAUGGCAACACCAGGCCUCAGAGUCGUCGCAGCCGGCGGUCAGCACACAUCAAUGGCUCAGCCGCAAUAUCCACAGGCAUCUCUGCCCAGGACAUUCGCCGUGCCUUUGCAGCCCGGCGCCCGUGGAUAACAUCGUAUCAGAACGCGGAAGGCGACAGUGGAGAUGACAUUCCUCAAAUCGACUAUGGCGCCGCGACGCCAGACCCUCCACCUGACCGCGAGCCUAUCGAGCAGCCUGAGCCGCCAGUCUCGCAGUCACCUCUCGCCAAUAGCACGUCUAUGCCCGCGAGCCCAUCCGCACUUUUCAAACGGCUGCGUACUGCGUCUUUCUCCCCCUUUUCGUCCAUCAGAAACCGCGGCCGAAUAUUCGGCGCCAAGGAGAGCGAACAGCCGGUCGCAAUGGCGAGCAGUGAGAGCUCGUCAGACGACGACGAUCUGUCAAUUCUCUCGGGGCGGCGAACCCAGCUGCGGAAUGUGCGCGACAGCUAUAGCGACGAGGACGAGGAGUACGACGCACACGGGUCGCAGGACCUCUAAACGUGCAGUAGCCCUAUUUUCUAACAUAUCUCACACGUAAUUCCAACCCCGAGCUGUAGUCUACGAUCGAGCCUGUAUCUCCUACGUCUACCCGUUGCAUGAGUCUGGAUAUUCGCGUCCUCUAAUUUGUUCCUCCACACGUUUCGCACUACUAUAUCAAGUCGUACAUCGGGUGUCGUUAAGUAUUUCAGAAUCUAGGAGCAAUUAGAAUUACAUAUCAUACACGAACGCAAAGGCGGUAUCUGACGGUUCAGGGGACCUUGUCUAAUCGUCAAAAAGCUAUGCGCGAAAGAAGCUCGUAGAACUGCUGUCCUUGGAUAGCUGCGGUUUCGAGCUCAAGAGCGGAGGGUUGCCGUGAACCGUCGGCACCGGCCAACACGCCGGCGCCCCAUGGUGAUCCUAAUAUCGCGCGUAUGUUAACACAUCCGGGAAAGAACGAGAGGAGAAUUGAUACGGACCUCCGUGCACCUCAGUCAUGUUUGUGAGCUGGGAGAAGACCUUUGAGUAUCCCAGAGGAACGUAGAGCAUACCGUGGUGUACUAGCGUAGAGAGGGCAUUCGCAACCGUUGCCUCCUGCCCACCGCCCUGUCCGUUUGAGGAGACGAAGACCGAGGCGUACUUGCCCGCUAGUGCACCCUGCAUCCAAAGCUGGCCAGUCGUAUCCCAGAAUGUCUGUGCGGAGUCUCUGUCAG